AUCACUUAAAUUUUAACUAUAAACUACAAAUGUGUCAAAAUAUUAAUUUCAUAAUAGUGAGAUUCUGUUUAAAUUAUUGAUCAGUAUUUAAAGCUCUUCUUUCAGAAAAAAAAAAUGCAGUAAAGAGGCAAAUAGCAACAAAAUAAAGAGUUCCAACUUACAAAAAGAAAAAAAAAAAAACUUGCGAGUGUAUAUAUUCGUGCCCAUAACAGUUUAGUAAACCCAUUAUAAAUUAUUAAGCCCACGAUGAAUUAGGGUUAGAUGUGUGUCGGCGUGUGUCUUAUGCUUAGACACAUACACGUGAUACCUUAUUUUCUUGUAUCAUCAUCGAUUGCUGCAGGUCAUCGCGCGGUUCAGCCCUUUGUGAGUAUUUGUGUCAUUGUUAUCUAUAUAUGUUAAUUGAAUUAAGUUGAUUCGCAUCUAGUGUUGUUAUGUUAAUCUAAUCAUUAUAAAUGCAGCUAGCGUUUGUUGAAACUCGGAUGAAUGAUCAGAAAUGAUGACGAUGAUGUGCGAUCUUCCACAUGAUUUGUUGGGUGAGAAGAUACUCGCCAAAGUUCCAAUAACAUCUCUAAAAGCAAUACGAUCUACUUGCAAACUAUGGAAUGUUUUAUCCAAAGACUUUAUUGUUGGUAAAACAACAUCAAGGCAACAUGAGUUUCUAGGGUUCAUGACAAUACGUAGUAAGGUUUGUUCCUUGAGAUUCGGUCUCCAAGGAAUCCACAAUCAGGACGCUUUGGUUGAUCCAUCUACGAAGCAAGUAAGGUUACUUGAUCAAGUUGAGAUAACUAAAAUAUUUCACUGUGAUGGUUUAGUCUUAUGUGUCACUAAAGAGAACUCGAAGCUUUUGGUGUGGAACCCUUAUCUAGGGCAAACAAAGUGGAUCGAAACAAGAAAGCAGCUCCACAAGUCAAACAUGUAUGCUCUCGGAUGCAAUAACAAUAGUAAAGUCCCUAACUAUAAAAUCUUGAGGCUACACUGUUGUUAUGAUUAUUAUAACCAUGGCCGACUCAGUGGGUCUGAAAUCUACAAUUCUAUGUCUGAAUCAUGGAGUGUUCUUGACCUCAUUCCCGACUGUGAAAUUGAUUAUUAUCAACGCGGGGUGACUCUGAAGGGAGAUACUUACUUUUUUGCUAGAGGAACUGCACCUCAUGAAGUGGGAAAUGAUGCGUGCAUAAUAGGGCUUGGCGUUUUUAUGCUAUGUUUCGAUUAUACAAAAGAGAGAUUUGGACCGCAUCUGACUCUCCCGUUUACAAUCACUGAUAACCGCCACGAGGCUGUGGUUUUAUCUUGUGUUAGGGAGGAGCAACUCGCCGUGCUUUAUGAGAAGUCGCAAUCUAACAUAUUGGAUUUUUGGGUUACAAAUAAGAUUGAGUCUAAUGUGGUGUCCUGGAGCAAGUUUUUGAAGGUGGAUUUGACAAUAAAACAACCGAGACACCCUUUGGUUCACAGGAAUCAUGGGAGCUUCUUCAUUGACGAGGAGAAGAAAGUCGCUGUGGUUUUCGAUAUAGGCUUAAAUGACUCAUCCAGGCACUACGCAACAACAGCUUUCAUUGUUGGAGAAGAAGGAUACUUCACAUCAGUGAACAUCGGAAAAGAACCCACAAGGUCUGGAAGUUAUCAUCCUCCACUUGUGUCUUCUUCUUAUCUUCCAAGUUUAUUACAAAUCAACCAACCACACCAAAGGAAAGAAACAGCUGUCUAGUUUUACCUUGAUUUGUUUCUUGUAUCGUCCACUUUUUUCAUGUCAUUUUGAACAAAUGAGAGGCAUUUUCACAAAAAUGUCUAGUACCAAAUUCUUUUAUUAGUUCUGUAAUUCUUCAACCACAAAACUCAUAUGAGCCUUUACCAGAGGAAAUUGAGAUGUUUUGAUUUCAAUUUAUUCUCAUUGUGUUUGAGACAUAUAUUCCAGAAGAAAUUGCAAAGCUCGUGACACAGAAGGAAACGAACUUCGAAGAUUAGUUUACGUCUUCAUAGAGAAGAGACCUUGAUAUGAGUAUCACAAGAAGGCUGGAGCAGAGAGCACAUUGGGAAAAGCUUCAAAUUCAACACAUAAUGUCUGCGUUUUUAAGAAAUGCUCUAUUCAUUCUUUAUCUUGGUUGUUAUCACUUCGUCAACAAUAGCAAAGCCCUCAGUGAAGCAAUAGUUUUCUUUUUAUGUCUUAAUAAGAUUUGCAAAAAACGGAUUUGACUGGGAGAGUUUUCUUUGCGUUUUGGGUUGUUCUUUGUCUUUAUCCUUUCCUUAAAGAUCUUAUGAGAAGACAGAACA